AAAUCGCCAAUAUUUUUACUCAUAAUGAGGGUUUUGUAAGCAAAAAUUUAAUAAAAAAACAAAAAAACAAAUUGAAUAUUAAAAUUGAUGAAAGUAAAAUUGAUGAAAUAAUAACCGCAAGAAUAAUCAGAAAUCAGUCAAGCCCACAUUAUAAUGAAGCAUUUAGAAGAAUGAAAAGGAGUAUGAAUCUUUUUGUAAAUUUUAAAGAAGAUAAAAAUACUCAAGAACAUGUAGCUAAGAUAAUGGGACCAAGUUAUAGAUUAUCAGCAAGUGAAUGGACUUAUAGAUAG